UCCGGUCACACCGUUCCACACGUGCAAUAUUUACGAAAUAUGCGCAAUUUGAAGCUUCAAUAUUGCCAGGAGCUGGACACAGCGGUGGCUCAGUCCCGCCAGCUACUACUGCAGCCGGAGCUAAAUGGAGACGCCUCCGACACGGCCUUCCUGGUGACCGACGGCCAGAUCUACGCCGUGCAGGAGUCCGGCGAUGUGCGGUCCAAAGUGAUUGCCGAUUUGCCGGACAUUGUGGGCGCCGAGUUCCUGCAGCUGGAUAAUGCGAUUUGUGUGGCCAGCGGAGCCGGCGAGGUGCUGCUGAUCGAUCCCCAGACGGGAGCCACCAGCGAGGGCACCUACUGCGAGGUAGGGAUCGAGCGCAUGGCCUGGUCACCCAACCAGGAGGUGGUGGCCUUUGUGACCCGGACCCACAACGUGGUGCUUAUGACCAGCACAUUCGAUGUGAUUGCCGAGCAGCCACUGAACGCGGAUCUGGCGCCGGACCAGCAAUUCGUCAACGUGGGAUGGGGCAAGAAGGAGACACAGUUCCACGGAUCAGAGGGAAAGCAAGCUGCUAAGCAGACGGCGGGCGCUGCUGACACCGCUAAUCAAGACUGGCAGGAGCUUAACCAGGACAUACACAUUUCUUGGCGCGGCGAUGGUGCCCAUUUUGUGGUCUCCUACGUGGCCGCUCAGGUUGGCCGCACCUUCAAGGUAUACGACUGCGAGGGAAAACUUCAACACACGGCCGAAAAGAGCGCAAAUCUGCAGCAAGUGGUGGCCUGGCGACCGGCGGGCAAUUGGAUUGCUCUGCCCCAGAGGUUCCCCAAUAAGUCCACGAUAGCACUAUUCGAGAAGAAUGGCUUAAGGCAUAGGGAGCUAGUGCUACCCUUCGAUCUGCAAGAAGAGCCGGUGGUGCAGCUGCGUUGGAGUGAGGACUCCGACAUUCUGGCCAUUAGGACAGCCACAAAGGAAGAGCAGCGAGUUUAUCUGUACACGAUAGGCAACUACCAUUGGUACUUAAAGCAGGUAUUGAUCUUCGACCAAGAGGAUCCGCUGGCGCUGCUUCAUUGGGACACGCGAAUGGGAGCCGAGCACACGUUGCACCUGGUCAAGGAAAGCGGAAAGCAGUUGGUUUACCGCUGGGCCUUCGCUGUGGAUCGGUACGAGCGCAGUGGCGUCGUUGGUGUCAUCGAUGGCAAGCGUCUGCUGUUGACGGACUUUGCCAGGGCGGUUGUGCCGCCUCCCAUGUCCCAACGCGUCCUGCAGCUGGAUAAUUACAUCAACGCCUUCACCUGGUACGAGACCAGCCUGUGUGUUUACACCUGCGAUCGGAAGCUGCACUUUUACGAGCCCAUGCAGCAGUUGAGCGUUCAGGAACCGCGAGCUACCGUACUAAUGCCGGAUGCAGAGCUCUCACGCCUACCACUGGCGAAUCUCACGUACUUCAACUGUGAUUACCUGCUGGCCACUUACAGCACGGGCGGAUCCACGCGUCUUUUGCUGUUAAACAAGGAGCCCGACGAAGAUGAGGUCAACGAUAAGGGCGAGCUCUGCUACAGGGUGCAGUGUUCCCUGCGAAUCAGCGGGCUGGUCAAUGCUUUGUCAGUCGGAGCCAAUGCCAUGGAUGAGUUCUUUGUUCAGACGGUAAAUAAUGGUCAUACCUAUGAGGUAUCCCUCAAAACAGACAACACGCUGAAGGUGGAGCGAACGCAUGUGCAGUUGGCCCAGGCAGCCGACCAGAUUGAGUGGUUCACCCUCAACAGUGACUCUACAGGUGAGUUAUACAAGGGAUUAUUAAUGUGUUUCUUAUUUAAUUACUCACAACCGUUCCCAGGCGGUCUCAUUACGCUCCGCAAUCAACAGCUACUCCACCUAGAUGGUCAUCGCAUCGCCGAAGACGUCACCUCCUUCUGCGUGGUGGGUAACUACCUCGCCUACACCCAGCUCAAUGCACUACACUUUGUCCGACUGAAGGAUCGCCGUCAAGUGGCAAGCAGAAACAUUGAGCGGGGCGGCAAGCUGGUAACGGCAGUGGCCAGUGAGGCGCGAGUGGUGCUGCAGCUUCCGCGCGGAAAUCUGGAAGCCAUCUGCCCUCGCGUGCUUGUACUGGAGCUGGUUGGUGCCCUGCUCGCGAGGAAGCAAUACCAGGCAGCGAUGCAGAUGCUCCGGAAGCAGCGCAUCAACUUAAACAUCAUCUGGGAUCACAACGUUGAGCUUUUCGUCGCUUCGGUAGACGUCUUCCUGCGUGAAAUCAAGCAGAGCCAGUGGCUCUGUCUCUUCCUGAGUGAACUUCAGAACGAAGACUUUGCCAAGGGCAUGUACUCCAGCAACUACGAGGCUGCUAAGCAGACCUAUCCCGCAGACUAUCGUGUGGAGGAGAAGGUGGAAUAUGUGUGCCGACUGCUGUGCCAACGCAUGGAGCAGGCAGCGCGGCCGGAGGAUGUUGAACGCUUUCGCCUGCCGAUUAUCACAGCUUAUGUCAAGUUGGGUCGACUGGAGCAGGCUUUACAACUGAUCUGGCAGGAAAAGCAGGCGGAUGCUACUCUGGCAGACCAACUGCUGAAGUACCUGCUCUACCUGGUGGAUGUGAACGACUUAUACAACGUGGCCCUGGGCACCUACGACUUUGGUUUGGUCCUUUUCGUUGCCCAAAAAUCGCAGAAAGAUCCCAAGGAAUUCCUGCCCUAUCUGAAUGAACUGAAGGCUCUGCCCAUUGAAUAUCGCAAGUUCCGGAUCGAUGAUCACCUAAAAAGGUAUCCCGCGGCCCUGUCCCAUCUGGCUUCCUGCGGGGAGCAGCACUACGAGGAGGCUCUUGAGUUCAUCCGGAAGCAUGGCCUGUACACAGCCGGAUUGUCGUGCUAUCGGGAGCACGAGGAGUUCCACAAGAGGGUCUGCGUGGCCUAUGCAGAUCACCUGAGGGCUAAUGCCAAACUGGAUAAUGCCAGUUUGAUGUACGAGCGUGGAGGACAACUCCAGCAGGCGCUGCUCAGUGCCAAGCAUACGCUGGAUUGGCAACGAGUCCUAGUACUAGCCAAAAAGCUUGACGAGCCUCUGGAUCAGGUGGCCCUGUCACUGGUGGGACCUCUACAGCAGCAGGGACGUCACAUGGAAGCCUAUGAAUUGGUAAAGGAGCAUGGUGGGGACCGGAACAGGCAGUUAGAAGUACUGCUAGAGGGUCAUCUCUACGGCAGGGCCAUCUACGAAGCCGGUCUGGAGCAGGGAGAUGCAUUGGCCGAGAAGAUCGCCCCAGCUUUGGCCUAUGGAGCACAAUUACAGGGCUCCUUACAAGCCGAUCUUAAGCUAUUCGUGGAGUACAAGCAGCGCUUGUUAGACAUUCGCCAAAAGCAAGCCACUUCAGGAGAUGCGGAUAACGAUGGCGACGUGGACAUCGAGGAGGUGGAUCUUCUGUCAGACACAACCAGUCUACACUCCUCGCGCUACAGCGGUACCUCUCGCGGCACCGGCAAGACAUUCCGCUCCAGCAAAAACCGACGUAAGCACGAACGCAAGCUGCUAAGCUUGAAGCCGGGCAACCCCUUCGAAGACAUCGCGCUCAUUGAUGCGUUGCACAACCACGUCACGAAGAUCGCCCAGCAGCAGCAGCCUGUGCGUGACACAUGCAAAGCGCUGCUCCAGCUUGGCGGCAGCGGAGCACCUGUGGACGGAGAUUCCCUCGCGGCGUCACUGCAGCGUGAAUUUAAGACGCUUUUGAAGACGGUAGAGGCGUCGCUGGACGAGAUCUGGACACCGGAGCUGGUGAGCAAUGGAUCAGUGGCGCAGCAUCUAACGGGACCCAAUGUGGACUACUUGGCGCUGCAAAAGGAGCAGCGCUACGCCUUGAUAAGUCCCCUGAAGCGAUUCAAGCCGCAGCUAAAUCUGAUCGACUGGCAACACGAGAUCCUCCAGUGAGUCAUCAUUUUAAUUGCGUGAUGCUGGUCGCCUCACCCGAAUCCUCCCCCAAUAUCUGCACCCAUCUAAGCUUUACUUUCACUGCUCUGGAAAUAAAUGUAGCAUUGAAAUGCUAAUUGAAUGUAUCGAAA